UGGAAGAGCCUUAAAACAGAACUGCAUCGUUACGCACAUAAUGCAAUGAGCUGAUAACUUCACGGUUUGUACGAUAAAGUGACGCUAACUUCUCGAUUGUGCCGGUGGCGGUAAAAUGCCGUAAAAACUGAAAUCUGCUCUAAGCGAUAAGGUUAUGUUUACUAUUUACGUCUGAUGUGCCUAUGGGUUAUGGUGUUUUUAUAGUUAUCUUACAUAGUUUGUGUCAUUAAAUGUUUUAACGUCAUCGAAUUUACUUCUGGAUUAGUAUUGUGAUCUGAUUAUUUUAUAUAUAGGUUACGUAGCCAUAAAAUUCUACAGAGAUAUAAUAAAUAUAUUUAAAACAGACCAUUAUUUUGAUGUAGUUAUAAGGCCGCAACAGGUUAAAACGGUUUUAUCAUUUCCCAUGGAUCCUUCGGAAAUAGAGUUUUUAGCUGAGCGUCAAAAUAUCAGCAUAAUUCCUAAAUUCACUAGUAACAAUAUAUUACAUUUAAUAUCAGGUGAUAUUGGACCAUUUAGAGCUGGUUUGCCAGUUGUUGUUCCUUUGUGGGUUGCUGUUAACUUGAGACAAAGACAAAAAUGUAGAAUAGUUCCACCUGAUUGGAUGAAUAUUGAAAGGCUGUUAGAAAAGAAAGAAGAAGAGAAAAGUUCAAGGUUGUUCACAAAGAUGCCUGAUGAACACUACAUGGAGGUGGCUCAUAUGCUGCUGUCUGUGGCGGGCGAUGACAUUGAGCGACCCGACGAGAUCAGGACUGCGGUGAAGGACUUGUGGGAUAUCCGGGUGUCCAAACUGCGUUCAUCGGUUGACACAUUUAUCAAGAGCCAUGGCCGCACGGCACGAGUCGACCAUCUGACCCAGUUGGAGAUAAACUCUGUACGCCCUCUGCUGCCUGACGCUCUCAACAUUGUACACGAUCUCCAAACGGAAGACGCAGAAGAUCAGACAUUCUAUGAGUCUUCGACGUUUAUUUCACAGCAGUGAGCAUGUUCUGUUACUCAAGACUUCCAUUCGAUGAUAAUGUAUAGUCACAUGAUUUCUCUUCUUCCACCCGAAGACCUUAUUCUGUGAAUGUUAUUUGCUGCUAUGGAAUGCUAUAGAGAAUAUCAGAGUAUUUGUGAUUAAAAAUGUUCAAAGAGGAAUCAAAAGUGAGUGGAGAUAUUUUGGGAUUCAAAGGCAAAUGUGGAACUUGAGGAAUUGGUGUAACUUGUUAAUUUCCAAAAUUAGAAGAAAUCCUUGAGGAUUUAUUCAUCUAAAGUACCUUUGUAUGAAUUGAGUUUUAGUCUAUUUGUGAGUAAUUAAUUAGAUGCACAGUUAUUUUCAAGGUAAAAUCUAUUCUAAAUAGUAACAAUUACACAUUUAUGUUACACAUAUAUAAAUGCUCUUUUAAUGAGGAACCCAAUCAUUCCUGAAUAUGUUUAUAGUUAUAAUUCUUGAAUAAGAAACAAAAUUGACUUCUACAUAAUGUAUAAUGUUUGUUCAUUUUUGUCUAAUAAAUAUAUUUUUAUACAGA